AUGUUCACUUAUUUUCUCAAGAGUGGCUGUGCAAUCUUUGUGUCAACUCUUUUCUGUGAUAUUGUUAAAGGGCCAAACACGAUCGCUAUUAUCAUCGCGUCGGCUCUUCAUUUAUCGCUUUGCAUUGAGCGAAUCGUUGCAAGCUACUACGGGCUCGAAUCGUACGAUUUAAACGCCAACUUUUCGGCUUCAGAAUCGCAAAAUGCUUAUACGGUGUUGUGGCCGUUUUCAGCUCUUCAUCUCUUUGCUCAAUUAACCUUUCUCCUACUGUCUGCUUAUCUACCGAUGCUCUUGGAUUUGAAGAGUUUCUCUGUUGACGAUUUGCUCACAAUUGCUGCAUUGAUCUAUGUCUACAACGCGUACAUCGUUGCCGCUUGCCUUGCAAUGUUACAGAUUUUGAAGAGGAUACGAAAAGAACGGAAGAAUAAGAUACAAAUCGCAGUGAGAGAUGGAAAUGAUCCGAAAAUUUGUCACGAAAUUUACUCGUUGAAUUGG